CACUCAGUCACACAUGAGCCUAUUUGAAUUGCAAGUGAGCUCUGUUCACUACCAGGAGCAGGUAAACAGAAGGAAGAAGUGAAAAGAACGGGAGGAAGGGGGAGAAAAAAGAGUGACAGUGGGUAAACAAGAAGCGAAGAAAGCAUACAGGCUUCACUGACCAGAUGACAUUCACAGAGUAUUUAGCAGGACAAGCCUCCACGUGUGAAGGUCUCAGAGAGACGGAGGAAAAGAGUGUGGAGAGUGCCUUGGGAGCCUUGCACCACACCAAGGCACACUGGAGGUGGGACAGCCCUGAAGGAACACCUGAGCUCUGAAGAGACAUCUCUUGAAGUAAGGGGUGAGCAGCACCUCAUGGGAGACGGAAUCAGUGGAACACCCAACAACAACCUGCUGUCGCUCCUCCUCUCCUCGCAACCGACUCUCACCCCCCUUCCUCCUCCUCCUCCUCCAUCCUCUCUCCCUCUCUCAUUUGAUCCCAUCCCUCACUCCCUGCACCAGAGAGGGAGAGCGUGCACAGAGAGAAGAGCCCGGGAGCCAUCCAGGACGUAGGGACGAAGACUAAAAGGCAUAAGAGAGUGUGAAUCCACUAUGGCGCUGUCUUGGUGUCUUGGUGCAGCUUUGGCACUGGUAUGUGGAUCUUUGUGGCCCCAGGUGCACUCAGGUGUGGCACCUGAGAAUGAGGUGCCACUUCGCCCAACUACGUGGUUACCAGAAGGAAAGAUCACCUCUGUAACCCUACCUAAAGGACGAACUCGCAGGUUAUACUUCACGCUGAAAAAGAAAGCUCCGGGGAUGUUGGUGACAGUCAGCCCUUGUGACCUUCCCAUUGAAUGGACCUUGGCUGCUCACACCCUGAAGGACAAACCCCUCAAAAACCUGCAAUGGAGUACUAAAAAAAGCAUGCCUGAGGUGUGGUGGCGAGGUCCUGGGACGGAGGAGAAAAUACACAGCAAUACUGGCAAUACAGUGGAAAGCUACAGUGGUCCAACCUAUCCAAGCGCUUCCAUCUACAUCCUAAGGCUACGCUCCAAACAGCAGAACACCAGAGCAACAGUGUAUCUUCAUGAAGGCCUGGGGCCUUCAGGCAUCUUCCCUCUGCUCCCAGCUGACCCGCAAGUUCACACAUUAGGUGUAGGCAUGACCAGCGUCACCCUCAGCUGGGCACCCAGUGCCUCCAUAACGAGCCUCCCACAUACACAGACCAGUUAUGAAUACUGUGUCCUUGUCAACUCACAGGAAAACUACCCCAGCCUUUGUGCUGCACAGAAGAGUAUGAGGAAAGAGAAAGACCAAAAACAAGAAAAGGACAGACGGAGCAGGGUGACGGUCUGGCCCAUUUUGAAAGAGUGGUGGUGGCAGCAGUGGGACACUUAUCCUGAAAGUCCUCAAAGUCCACCAGCUUCCCUCACUGAUGAGUAUGAAGACCUCCAAUGUGUGUGUCAGGGGACAGAAAGUGUUUGCACUGUCUCAGAGCUCCUGCCUGAGACCCAGUAUUACUUUGAUGUCUUUGUGGUCGACAGGCUGAAUGGGACCAGCAUGGCAUACAAGGGGACACUUGCUCGGACACAUGAGGAGGCUCGACCUGCUAUUACCGCCCUUAGAGAAGGAGAGCUGAGGUGGGUGACUUUCCAAGACAGAGGCUUCAGCUCGGAGCAGUUCUUCAGUUUCCGUCCUCGGGGUUGGCAACAGAGUGGCCUCCUCACCUUGCAGAGCUGUGGAGAAGGUGAAAAGGUCAAGGUGACUGUAUCUAGUAAAGGUCAGGUCUUGACCUCUCAGGCUGCUGGGCGAGAAUUAGCGCACAUAUGGCUCCAGGGAAGUACUUCCUAUCUCAUCCACCUGGAGAGAGAAGGAACCGCCAUGGACCACACCUCUGCUGUUACAGACCCAUCGCUACCAGAAGGUCUGACAGCUUCAGUCAAAAUGCAGACCUCAUCAGCUUACCACCGCAGAGGAGUCCCAUCUCUGCCCUCCACCUUACAGAUAAAAUCCUUCAACCGAUUGCGUGGUUGCAGUAGUGUCACCCUAGCAUGGAUGGGAACAGAAGAAAGAAGCCUUUACUGUGUGUACCGCAGAAAGCUUGGAAGCCAUGAAGCAGAAGCUGGCGGAGCAUCAGCUCUAACUGCACCCUGUCUGGGGCCAGAGUCCCGCUCUGACACCGAGAGAGUUCUCUGCAAGUAUUUCCAAGAGCUGAAUCCUCGGCGGGCCGUCACUACAGCUGUGAUUGGGGGCCUGGAGCCAGGAAUGGCCUAUGUGUUUGAUGUCUAUCUAAUGAGACGCUGGGGGAUCCCUAUCAAGUACACCAGCAAGAUUGUGAAGACUAGAAAGGAAUGCUGAGCUGCUGCCCCCUACAGGAGGUUUUUAAACUGUCCCAGUUAAGGGACAAAUGCAUCAGCCAUGGGCAUGCUAUAAAGACUGUCCAAGAGAACGAAGCCAUUUGACUGUUGUAGAGAGACUGUUACCAUAACAAGGAAAUAUUCCCUCUGAAGGAGCAAUGGUUACAUUCAAGAUCUCCACUUACAAGAUCUGUGCAAGUGGAUAGAAAGCAUAUGAGAAGGAUCUGCACACCAGCAAAAGUUCAUAACAUUUACAAUACAGUUCCUGUGCUUUUGUCAUUUUUUCCAUUGUUGAUCAUAAUAAUAAUGUGUCAGUUGUCCAAGUGCUUAUUUUGUGUCAGAAUACAAAGAACGGAUGAGGUUUGUGAUGACAAAAGUCAAGACAAAAACAACAACAGAGACUGUGCCAAAUAUGCAACAGAAGCAGAUGGGGCAAUGAUUAGAUCACAUCUGAGAUGCGGGAGUUGUAGUAUAUAUCUCCAGUGCUGCAUAUUGUACAGGCUUAUAAACACAGAUGGGUGCAAUCUACAGAUGCUAAGUUCAAAGUCAGUGUGUAUCUUUGUGUUCUGCUUUCGCAUGAAGCAGUGAAAAUACUUAGUGACUUGCCUCAUUGUCUUUGAUGUAUUCUUGUGCUGCUUCAAACUCAUUAAUAAAUA